CCUGUGGGACCAGGUGCCAAGAUGGCUGGCCGCAUAUGCUUGCUGGCUGUGCUCGUGUUUUUUCUAAUCGGUUUGCUCCCCGCCGGCGAUGCCAGGAAUCACCGAUUGUCGCUCAAGGGCGAGCAACGGAGGUACUUCAGUGUCACCACAUUUGGCUUCCUGGUUGGCGGGGAGCUCAACAUUGAGGUCGAGGCAUUGUCCUUUGCACCAAGCACCAAUAGGGUGGGCUUCAGCUUGACAAGGACGCCUACCGACAGUGUCAACCCAUAUCCUGAUGGUCGUAUUGAAGGCUGCCCACUGGAUGAAGUCAAGGAGGACAUGUACGUGCUCACGCUUGCCUUGGACACAUCUGGAAACAGGGAACGCCUGGUCCUGCGCUGCAACCGCAACUUCAGUGAUCUCCCCGUGAGUCACCAGGAGAACUGGCGCCCUCAGCCACGCACCGUGCGGCAGACAAGUGCUGUGCAGCAGCUGUUUCGUGCACGCCGGGAUGCUGAGGCUGACGUGCUGCAGACGGUGCAGGGAACACCAUCCUCGUCGCCCAAAGCUGCCCAGCCAACCGUGGCUCCCGUUGCAGCCACGGCCACCCUCUCCGAGUCCACAAAAAAAGCUUCCACUGCACCGCCCUCGCAGCAAACAACUGUGGGCCGCUGUGCCAGUGCCAACUUGCCCGUGCACAAGGACAUAGUGGAUGGUGUGGCCGUCUACAGCUUCCAAUUUGGGGUGAGCAUUGACAAGGAAGCACACGAGGGUCUCUACAGCCUGUACUUCCACAACUGCCUGGUUGGCUCGCUGGGAUUCCUCAACAAUUCAGCAAAUCUCUCGGUGUCCAUCUCGGAGCGGAAUGAUGGCAGCUUCCUGUCAGCUGGGGAGAUCCCAUUGCCACAGGUCUACUUCCUCAUGGCUGUUGUGUUCUUUGCUGUUGGCUGCUACUGGAUCUACCUGCUCCGCCAGAGGAAGCAAGAAGCCUACAAGAUCCACUUUCUAAUGGGUCUCCUUGUCUUCGUCAAGUCAUGCUCCCUGCUACUGCAUGGGAUAAACUACCACUUCAUCUCGAAGGAUGGCUCACCUAUCGAAGCCUGGGCUGUGCUCUUCUAUAUCACCCACCUGCUGAAGGGUGCCCUCCUGUUUAUCACCAUUGUGCUGAUUGGCACGGGCUGGGCCUUCAUCAAGCACAUUCUCAGCGACAAAGACAAGAAGAUCUUCAUGAUAGUCAUCCCGCUCCAGCUGCUGGCCAACGUGGCCCAGAUCAUCAUGGAGGAGAGCGAGGAGGGCGAAUCCCAGCACACCACAUGGCGAGAGGUGUUUAUCCUCGUGGACCUGCUGUGCUGCGGAGCAAUUCUCUUCCCUGUCGUCUG